UUAACUUGUUUGUGUCAGGUUGCAAUUAUAAUCCAGGACAUGGGUUCGAUCAGACGCUUAUAUAAUGAAACAUACUUCAUUUGCGUUGAUUUAUUUUGCGAUACAUAAUACUAACCUACACUCGAAGCUAUGAUCUUCGAAACAACAUUCAGCACCACGCUAGCAUUGAUGCUAUCUGUGGUAUACGCUGCCCCAGAGCUCUUGAAAAGACCACCACCACUCGAUUGCGCAAUACAGCUAUGCGCCGUUCCUAACUGUCCUACCGGGAAUACCUACACUCCUCCCGGCUCGUGUUGUCCCGUAUGUGGCCAAGACUGUUCCUUGGUUAAAUGUGCCCUUCCAGUAUGUGCGAAAGGUGAAGAACGGUAUACUCCACCUGGCGCGUGUUGUCAACAGUGUCGACCUCUAGACUGUUUCCUAAUUCAAUGUGCUCUUCCCAAGUGUUUAGACGGACAGGAACUCUAUACACGACCAAGAACGUGCUGCCCGAUCUGUAGAUUUAUAAAGAAAGUCUGUGUUCAUACAGACGGAAAGAAAUACGCUAACGGGGAGACAUUCAAAGACAAAUGUAACACAUGUACUUGCAACGAUGGACACAUCGGCUGUACUGAAAUAGCCUGCAUUGAAAAGGAAGGCAGUUGUCCUAAGCCAUGGAGUUACGGGAAAUUCGCCAUUUGUAUCCACAUGUGCGAUGGUGAUUGGGAUUGUCCAGAUAAACAGAAGUGCUGCAGCAACGGUUGUGGAAAAGUCUGCAGGAUACCGAAGCAAAACCCAACACAUGGAUGCCGACAGCAUGGCGUUUUUUAUUCAAAUGGCGACAAAGUGCCAUCAACUUCAAAACCACGUGAUCCAUGUGAUCGUUGUACAUGUCUGGAUGGGAAGAUAGUCUGUGAUCGUUUGUUAUGCCUCGCGUGUGCUGGUUUCAAGCCCAAGGGUGCUUGUUGCCCUAUUUGUGGUACCUUCCCAGGGGAGCUUGCUACAGAGUGAUAAAUGAUCGACAAUUGGUGUUUGCUAAUGACUCACGUGAACCUUAAAGAAAAAAAUGCAUGAUGGUAAAGAUAGGUUGGUGAUUACUGUUCGCCACUCACCUAGUGUAAACUGUUAAUUACAAAUAAGUUUACAUUGUUUUAAUGAUGAACAUGAAACAAUGGUAUCAAUGAAUUUUGAGAAUGUAUGUGAGUUAUUCCGUGUUACUUGAAAUUGGAUUAAUAUCGAUAUUUUUAUUCACAUAUGCAUUUUCAUAUUCACACAGCCAAACUAUUAAACUAUUUUUUGUUUGGCAUGAUUUACACCAUCGUAAGUUUAAUUUAGAGCGUCAUAAUAACUAUAAACUAAUACCCUGCCAAUGUAUGAGAAACAACAUUAAUAAAGAAUCUGUAUAACAUGAAGUAAGAUGGUUUUUUGCAUAACGACUUCACCAGAAGAUAAAUAAACAUUCAAAUGAAGUGACGUCAACGCCAUGCACUCUUUAAUGACGGAACGUCGUGAAGCGGCAAAACCAAAGACGUUUGCAGAAGUAUGAUAUACACACAUACAAAUAAACAUUAAGUAGCCUAUGUGAAAUUGUGUAAUAAAAUAAUAUGAUUAGGCAAACAUAGUAAAAAAUGUUACUGUAUUAAAUAUGACAUAGAAGGUUAUCAUUGAGACCGUUCGGAAGCAUAGUUUUUAGUUCAUGUAUAAAAUAUGUGUCCCUGCUUAAACGGUCUAGAUUGAUAUUAACAACAUCUAUUGGAAGAAUAAAAAGACAAUAAACAUU